AAUCGCACUGUUGACUUUGUAGCAGUGAGAACGGUAGCGGCAGUUCAGCAAAUGGAGGUAUUUGCAAAUCGAGCGUGGAUUGAUGGGUGCAGAGCAGGUUGUUGCGUAGCUGAUGGAUCUGGGGGGGCCAGGGAGUACACGGGGAUUACUUACAAAGAAAUUGGGGAAAAUUUUUCCCCAGUAGUUAUUUUCCAUGGUGAAGUAAAAAAUGGAUCACGUGCAGUCGCCAAAUUGGCAGUGCCAAAAAACACCGGUGGCGACCACGAAGAGUUGGGGGACGAAUGGGAGGAAGGAGAGGAGACUACGAGUGGUUCUGACGGGCGAUGGGCCAGCCAGAGGUGGUGGAUUUUCACCGGUCGAGCGAACUGAAAAAAGCGCGGGUGACAGAAGCUGGCCAUGGAAUGGCAGCAGGUCGAGCACGGGGCCUCGUUGGGAAGUUAUAGUGGGCGAUAGGGCCAGUGGGAAAAGGGGCCAGGUGGAAAGUCUGUCACGUGAUCUGUGCUCACGUGACGUGUCACUAUCGGUAUCUUCCCGGCGCCCCGCUGCAGCCGCAGUGGCCGUCGAUUGCGGAGUCCGACUUUCACCAGACCAACCAGACUGGCGAGCCGUGGCCACCAGACCGACACAGGCCCCUCGUACGGCCGUAGACCCCUCCUAACACCAUAGAUCCCUCUUACCACCAUCUCUCGCACCCUCUCCGGCCCUCACACCCUCCCUCUCCCUUCCCUCUCCUACCCAGCCUCCUCGUCCAUCGUACCAGGGUGUGCGCGCACCACGAUUGAUCAUUCGGGGACUACCACCACCAAUUG